AAAUUCAUACUUCCAAGCAGAGGCAGACAAGUACACAGCCAAGUGGUUAGUACUCCACUAUCCUUAAUCAUCUUAGAAAUAGAAAGAAUACCUUCUGAUUCUAUUGCAGAACACUGAGAACAGAACUCUCAAAUCUCCAUACCAAUGCCGAAUUUGCUCUGUUAAUGAUUCUCACUAAUGGAGUUAGCUCGUUACUCUUCCUGCUCGCCAUUUGCUCCUUCCAAGCUCAGUCCUCAGAGGACUCAAUUCCUCAAUCUCAAAACAACAUUCCACACCCAAACAGCAACGAGUCUCACUUUCGGAGUCUCAGCUGAUGUGUCUAGGAAUUGUGCGAGAACGGACUCGUUGUUGAUUGUUAGAGCUCGAGAAGGAGGCGCGGAAGUGGAAACUGCGGUGGCGGAGAAGCCAAAGGUGCGGAGGUUUCAGGUGUUUGAGGGCUUUCCGGCGCCGUUUGGGGCCACCGUGAGAGAUGGUGGUGUUAAUUUUGCUAUAUAUUCGGCCAAUGCGGUUUCUGCCUCUCUUUGUCUUGUUAGUCUCUCGGAUUUGCAGAAGGAAAGUGUAACUGAGCAGAUACCUCUUGAUCCAUUAAUGAACAAGACUGGUGAUGUCUGGCAUGUGUUUUUGAAAGGGGAUUUUAAAGAUAUGCUAUAUGGCUAUAAAUUUGAUGGCAAGUUUUCUCCAGAGGAAGGGCACUACUUUGAUCCUUCUAAAAUACUGCUGGACCCAUAUGCAAAGGCAGUUAUAAGCAGAGGGGAGUUUGGUGUUUUGGGUCCUGAUGAUAAUUGCUGGCCACAAAUGGCCUGCAUGGUACCUAAUGCUGAAGAUGAGUUUGAUUGGCAAGGUGAUUUACCUCUUAGGUAUCCUCAAAGUGAUCUGAUAGUAUAUGAAAUGCAUGUCCGUGGGUUUACAAGGCAUGAAUCAAGCAGGACAGAGGCCCCUGGUACAUACCUUGGUGUAGUUGAGAAGCUUGAUCACUUGAAGGAACUUGGAGUCAACUGUAUAGAGUUAAUGCCAUGUCAUGAAUUCAAUGAACUGGAGUACCACAGUUACAAUUCUGUCUUGGGUGACUAUAAGGUGAACUUUUGGGGGUAUUCAACUGUCAAUUACUUCUCACCCAUGAUAAGAUACUCAUCUGCUGGUAUACGUAAUUGUGGCUCUGAUGCACUCAAUGAAUUUAAACUUUUUGUUAGAGAAGCACAUAAACGAGGAAUUGAGGUUUUGAUGGAUGUGGUCUUCAAUCACACAACUGAAGGCAAUGAGAAGGGUCCCAUCUUGUCCUUUAGAGGUGUUGAUAACAGUGUCUAUUACAUGGUGGCACCAAAGGGAGAGUUCUAUAAUUAUUCAGGUUGUGGGAAUACAUUCAAUUGCAACCAUCCUGUGGUCCGCCAAUUUAUAUUAGACUGCUUGAGAUAUUGGGUAACAGAAAUGCAUGUGGAUGGCUUUCGCUUUGAUCUUGCUUCCAUUAUGACCAGGGGUAGCAGUCUUUGGGAUUCUGUUAAUGUAUAUGGGAAUCCCAUAGAAGGUGACUUGAUAACAACGGGUACCCCUCUCAGCAAUCCCCCACUGAUCGACAUGAUAAGUAAUGACCCAGUACUUCGUGGUGUGAAGCUUAUAGCUGAAGCGUGGGAUGCAGGUGGCUUGUAUCAAGUUGGCACAUUUCCUCACUGGGGAAUUUGGUCAGAAUGGAAUGGGAAGUACCGUGACACAGUGAGACAGUUUAUCAAGGGGACAGAUAGAUUUUCUGGGGCAUUUGCUGAGUGCCUCUGUGGGAGCCCAAAUAUAUAUCAGGGAGGAGGAAGGAAACCGUGGAAUAGCAUCAACUUGGUAUGUGCACAUGAUGGUUUUACUUUGGCAGAUCUAGUUACCUAUAACAACAAACAUAACUUAGCAAAUGGAGAAGACAACAAUGAUGGAGAAACUCAUAACAAUAGUUGGAACUGUGGAGAGGAAGGGGAGUUUGCAAGUAUUUCUGUGAAGAAAUUGAGGAAACGACAAAUGCGAAAUUUCUUCCUCUGCCUUAUGGUUUCCCAAGGUGUCCCAAUGAUUUAUAUGGGUGAUGAAUACGGUCACACAAAAGGGGGAAACAACAACACAUACUGCCAUGACAACUAUAUUAACUAUUUUCGUUGGGAUAAAAAGGAAGAGGCCACAUCAGACUUCUUCAGAUUUUGCUGCCUCAUGACCAAGUUCCGCCGUGAAUGUGAGUCACUUGGACUAAAUGACUUCCCAACAUCAGAGAGGCUGCAGUGGCAUGGCCAUACUCCAGGGAUGCCAGACUGGUCUGAAGCAAGCCGUUUUGUGGCUUUUACUCUGAUUGAUUCUGUGAAGGGAGAAAUCUAUGUUGCUUUCAAUGCCAGUCAUUUACCUGUUAUGGUUACAUUGCCGGAGCGCCCUGGAUACAGGUGGGUGCCAUUGGUAGACACCAGCAAGCCUGCACCGUAUGACUUCCUCUCAAGGGACAUCCCAGAAAGAGAGAUUGCAAUUAAACAGUAUGCUCAUUUCCUCGAUGUCAAUCUAUACCCCAUGCUCAGUUACUCUUCAAUUAUCCUUGUACUUUCACCAGAUGAAAGUUCUUAGAGAGGUCCAACAGCCAUGAAAAUAAAUAUCUUCAAAAUUUGUGUAUCCCAGCCUAAUGGUUAAUAGCGGUUAAUUAUAAACUUUUGUGGAAAUCUUAGCAAUUUUGUAAAUGUACUCUAGGGUCUACAUUAAAACUCCUCUGCAAUCUUGAACAACUAGCCCUCCAAAUAUAUGAGCCCCACGAUGCAGUAUAGUGAUUUUGACCUUGAGUUAAUGCAAACAAUUUUUAUAAAUUACGUCUUUGAAU